GGUGAGCUGGACGGUCUGAUGCGGCAACAUCCACAUCUGGUGCAUCCAAGUCAGUUGCAAAAGCAGCAACAGCAACAACAACAAGGCCAUCACCAGCAGCAGUUGCAGCAACCGCCACUGCAGCAUCAACAACAGCCACAUGCACAGCACGCGCAGUAUCAAAAUCAGCAACAACUACAACAACACCAGCAGCAGCAACAACAUAAAUUUCAGCAGCCAUCAGUGUCACAGCAGCAGGCGCAACAACGUAAUUUACCACCACACCACCAGCAGCAUCUGUCGCCACAGCAGCAACAGCAACAACUCACACAACAACAGCAACAACAUCAGCAGCCACAAGCGUUGCGCUCGCACAUGCAAUCUAUGCCCACCCAGGCGUCCGGUGGCAUGACGCAACAACAACAACAACAACAGCGUCACCAACAGCAACUGCAACAACAACAACAACAGCCGCUGCAACAACAACGGCUUCCACAUCAACACUCAUACAGUCCACAAACGGCACAACUCCCCACGCCACCAUUGAGUGGCGGUCCAAGCGGCGUCGGAUCAUAUCAGAAACCGGCGCCAUUGUCGCGUAAUCUCACCAUUAGCGGCGGUCACGCCAUGGAUAUGGCAAGCUAUCCGCAACAGCAACAACUGCAGCCACAGCAACAACAACAGCGGCGCCCAUUAGUCGGUGCACAAUACGGUCCACCGCAACAGCAUUCCUUCAGCAGCUCGGAAGAGGAGAUACAAGCUCACAUGCUAGCGCCACACGCGGCCGAAUAUGAUUAUGAUGGCAAUUUACGCGAACCUUGGCGUCAACAGCGCAGUCUCAACGAGCGCGACCUCCUAAGUGUGACGAACUCUUAUGGCGCUAACGACUAUCGCUUGACUACUACAAAUCGUCUGUACUCGUCAGCCGAUCGCGAUCGCUACGAUUUGCAUCGCGAACGACUUGAACGCUAUCCACUAACGCGCACCGCACGACUGGAUGUGCAACAGCAGAACGUCUACAAUCGCACGAAUCACGAUCGACAAUUGGUGAACGUCAACAGUGGUGCAUAUACGGCGCGACGUGCGCCAACUUUAACCACGGCUACGGCAACUACAGGUGGCGGUGGUAGCAGUAGCAGCAGCAGUGCCGGCAGCUACCACCACCAGAAACACUCUCAACUACAACAGCAACAGCUCUCACAACAUCACCAUUCAAAUCCACAAAUUGUAAUCGAUGAUAAACCACUGCCAACCAGCGCUUAUGAUCGCUACGGCAUCACAGUUGGUGGUAGUUCACGCGGUGAAGAAGGUAGUGCGCGACGCCUUGGCGCUGCGGCAACACGUAGUCUCGGGCGCGAUCGUACGCUAAUGGCGGAUCCCUAUUGGGAUGAGACCGUUAUGUUGACAAAUGCGGCACAGGAUUCGCGACGUUACACGGAACGUAGAAUAAAGAAAACGGUACGCUUUGAUGGGCAUGAUGAGCCGCUGUUGAGCACCGGUACAACAAAAUCCGGUACAUUACCGCCAGUAAAACAAAUUCUACCAUCAACGGCUGUGGACGUAGGCGCCGCCACUAUACUGACCAGCGCUAAAUUGGGCGCAAACGCAAACACUGCCAAUACGAUUAGCAUUUCGGAUGCGGCUGCCGAUUGGGCACGUUGGGACGCUGAACGUCAAGGUAGUCAGGAUUCGGCAACUAAGGAUUCAGGCAUCGAUACGUGCAGUACGUUCACGAGUAGCGAAGACUCAAAUCGUGGCGAUGGGCCAAAGCAACCGGUGAAUUGGCAAAUAUCCACGGAUAAUACAUGCCUAAUUGGUCGUAUGAUAUUACGAAAGUACUACGAUGGUGAGGAUAUUCUCGGCUUGAAAGUUAUAGGCGGUCAACGGCCGACAACAGCAGCGAACGGGCAUAACAAAAUAGCCGAAUGCGGUGCGUUCAUUGAAAAGGUUAAGCGAGGUUCGGUAGCCGAUGUUGUAGGACAAAUACGACCAGGCGACGAAAUCAUCGAAUGGAACGGUCGAGCACUGCGCAAUAAGCAUGCGGACGAGGUUUAUCAGAUAAUUGACGAAAGUCGCUUGGACGCGCAGGUCGAAUUGGUCGUUUCGCGACCUCUACCCGCCAACGCCGCUGAAAGCAAUGCAAUACGUAAAGGAGGCGAUCAGCAACAACAGGGCGUGUCAUUGCAUAAUCAAUGUCUCGCGAGCACCAUUGCCAGCAGUGCUGUGGUCAGCAGCGGUGGACGUUAUUACACACGAAAAGCGCCCGCUGCCGCUGCUGGAAUCGAACAUCAUCGCGACAAGCCGAGCGUACUAAUCACAUCGCCCGGUUCGCCCGAUUUACACGCCACUAGCGGCGGUGCGCAUACAUUGCGGCAGACGAAUGUACAACAACGUGGCUGCAGCGGCGACGCCGGUACGUAUCAGCAGCACUCAACGCAUCCACAACCGAAGCAAGAAUCGCAAAAUCAACAACAACUACAACAACGGCACGGCGCGAACGUCGCGAACACAGGCAGUGCAACAGCAGUCGGUACUAAAGUUACAACGACGACGGCGGGCCACCAUCAUCAUUACCACCAGCCACCACCGUCAUCGCACACGCAUCCACAUGCCGCCGCCCACCACUUACCCACAGUGGGUGUGGCGCAUGUGCUGUCCAUGGCCGUCGAGGGCCGCUUGCAGAUGAAACUCGGCUACGAUCAGAAUACCCUGCAGCUGAUAGUUACUAUCGUCUGUGCGACGGGCCUCACGCUGCGUCAAAGCGGUGCCGCUCGCAAUCCUUAUGCAAAAGUGUUCCUUCUACCCGAUCGGGGUACAAAAUCAAAAAGACGCACCAAAACUUUAGCGACAACAUGCGAACCGCGCUGGGGCCAAACCUUCGUUUAUACAGGCUUAAGGCGUUCCGAUCUCACCGGUCGCUUACUCGAAGUAACGCUGUGGGAUUAUGUGCGCUAUGGAGCCAAUGACUUUAUCGGUGAAGUGGUCAUUGAUUUGGCGCAUCACGUGCUCGACGACGAAGCGGAAUGGUAUCAGCUGCAGCCGCAUCAGGACACUUCGUAUCUCUUGCAUCACGACGACCACAGUGAAGCGGACAUUAUGAUUUUAACACCGACAGAUCAUUUAUCACCACCCAGCACAAUGUCACGUCUUAGCGACUCCGAUGCGACGUCUGAAUGUGACAUCGAUGGACUGACGCCGGGGCGUGAUGGCGCAAGCAUAUCUUCAUUGGGCAGCUCAUCAAGUCCACCACCAGAGAUUGAUUUGAAUGAGCGUCGUUCAAGACGCGAUAUGUCGCCGCAAGGUCGCAAGCGUGUAGCUGGUAUGGUAUCACGUGAUUAUCGUACGGUAUCUGGCAUUGGACAAAGUUACCAUAAUCAGCAGGUGAGCACUGGUUAUUUGCGUCGCAAUGGCGCCAUCACUGGUACCAGUGGCAUGAGCCUGAGCCAGCGCAGUCACUCCGCUGCACCGACCGACAGCUAUCACGGUGUGACCGGCAGCGGUCACAGUUAUUAUCGCAGCAGCAGCCCGCGACGCGGUUCACUUUCACCGCCCGACGAUCGCUAUAUAGACUAUCCAGUGCUUCCAAUACACGCAACAGGUGGCUCAGCAUACGGGCAUUCACUGUCGGGUGGUGCGAGUUCUUUGAGUGCCACCACUGGUGGUGUUGCCUUGGGUGGCUUAGGAGGCGCAACAAUUGGCCCUACUGGUGCAGCGCAACAGGGACGCUUUCAGUCGCGUUCCGCAACUGCUACACCGACGGGUUCGCCCAAAAAGCGGCAGCUACCACAGGUACCACAAACUUCACGCAGCGCUAUGCUACGCGAUCGCUUGGGUCAUGAGUUCGAUGAACGUCCGGGUGGCGGUCGCUUUGGCCGUCAUCGCACGCGUCAAAUUCAUCAUCAGGCUACAUACCGUAGCACCGGCAUGGGUGGCUGGGAGCGCCACUAUACUGGACUCUCCGACAGCGAUCUACAAUCGAUGGAGGCGCGGACACGACCGCGACACUCGUUAUCACCCGAUAAGGACUUCAUGGGAGAAUUUGGCGAUUCUGAUAUGGAGUCGGUGGUUAGCGUGACAUCGAGCGCCUUCUCUACACAAUCGGAACGGCCACGCGGCUCACGUGGACUGAGUUUGCCACGCAAUUGGCGCACCUUGUAUGGCGCCGAUCCGAUGGCAGGCAAUGUCCCCACCACCACGCUUGCCGGUCACCAUGCACACGCUCGGGAACGCGGCUUCUUUGAACGCUAUCGCGCCAAUACGAUCGAAGUCGAUGAUUGUGAUUUUUUACCAACCAGCUUAACAGACGCCCCAUCACUGUACGGUAUGGGGCAGUCACCGCCACACCUCAAUACAGCGUCACAACAGAUGUUGUUGUUGGAACAGUUAGAGCAGCUGCAACAACUUGCCGAGCUAGCGGCUGCUGAUUCGCCGCCAAACACGGCACAUUUGGUGGCGGCAUCCAAUCCACACAAUAUCCUCAGUACAACCGCAACAAAUGCGUCAACACAUCACCUAUUACCACCACACCGACAAUUGCAACCGCAACAACUGCAACAAUUACAACAGCUACAUGAACCAACACAACUGCCAAGCCAACUUAUCAUGACCGACAAUAGCGGCAAUUUAGUAGUGGAUCCGUAUAUGCUUAAUGGAAGCACCGAGCCGGGUUUGCUGUUAAUGGAGCCAGCGGGCGUAACUGUGAUACCGCCUACACCGCCAUCCACAUUACCGCCGCCGCUGCCGCCGCCAGCGCACACUGUCAGCACACAAUUGCAACAGCAGCAACAACAACAGCCAUCACUUUCACAUCCACAGCUACACCCCCAUAUAUUUCAUCCACAUCAAUACUUACCUCACAUACCAGAUUCCAUACAUUUCCCCGAGUUUCUAACUCAUGCUGCCGAUUUCAGUCCUUUCACCGAAAAUAUUUUUCCACGUGAUAGCUCCUUAGGGUCCAGUAGCCAUUAUCCAUUCUACGAUCAUUUGCAACGUAUCACCACGCCCGUAAUGAAUCUAUUUCGUCAUAGUCCAAGCUCUACACUAAGUACACCGACUGCUGCUGCAGUCAAUUCGCCGCAUCAGCACGCCCAUUCCGUAUCAUCAUCGCCCUCAUCGUACAUUGCCUAUGUGCGCGAUCAUUAUGACAAUACAUGCAGCCACUGCCAAAACGGUAGCCAGCCGGUCGUACUAUCGACAAAUGCUGCACUCACCACACCCGGCAUAGCCAUAGGCGCUUGCGACAAUCCAUUUUGCAUUGCUGAAUCCCAUCCACAUCCACAGCAUCAUCCGGUUGCCUAUCCUUAUACAGCCGAGCAACUGCUACGUAGACCGUCAUUAUCCAUGUAUCAGCCAUCAUCAGAGCCUUCACUGCCAACUAUGGAUCCGGCAAUAUGCGGCGAAUGUGUGGAUCAGCAUUUCGUGAGCGGUCUUACCGCACCACAAAUCGACUUGGGCGUUGUGCCCACCUAUCACGUACAUACACCAACGCCAACGGCGCACAAAAAAGCCAAGUCCUCACUUGCACCGCCUCCUCAACUGCCCACACAAUCGGUAUUGCGUCUGUCGCGACAAUUAAGCGAAGACGCACUUGUAACGGCUGUACCAAUUGCCGAAUCAAAAGCGCAGCCUACUUCUAUAUUGAAAAAACCGAAAGUUGGUGUACCAACGGGCACAUUAGAUCGGCGAAAAAUGUUUCAUGAGGGUCAAUCACGUUCACUAGAUUAUGAUGAUUUACACGCGAAGAGUUGGGGCCGUCGUCGCAUAAGAUACGAAGACGAGAUAUAUAAUCCGCCACUGGAAGAGCUAUCUCGCCGUUACGGUUCCGAGACAAAUAUACGACAAUCUUAUAUGGGUGCCAAUGUUGACGCAGUCAAUCCACUUAGUCACUCACACUUUCUUGUGACUGACGAUAAGAUCGUUACGAUUACCUAUGAUUCGGAUGUGGGUUGGACGCGGCGCGGCGUUGCACCGUCUGUAUUUCACGAUCCACGACGUCGCUGCGAUGGCCGCGAACGUAAUCAUAUGUCUCUAAAUUUACAACGCACCAAUCAGGAAAAGCUUUACGGAGCAGCACUGCCAUACCAAAAGCGACGUCGGAAUCUGCCACAUCCACCAAGCGCACAAAAUGCCCACAAUUUCUCACCCGUUGAGGGUUACGACGACGACCCCAUGUUAAUGGACCCCACCACACAUUCGUCUGCUACGCUGCCACCGCAUAGUGGCGAACCAACAUCUAUGAACGGUACAGGCUCCGCCGAACGACCGGGACCAAUUGGCGAACAUCGCGAUCAACGUGAUCCACGCGAUGAACGUGAUCCGCGUGAUCUCAGUCGCUCGGUAGGGUCAGGCACAUCACCUAGUCAACAACGUCAUCAUUCAUCAAUUGUAUCGAAACGCAGUAAAUCAUCGAUGGCCACCGGUGGUGGUCAUCGUACACGUGUAGAACAGUUACAGCAUGAAUCGGGCAGUGAUCGCAGUAAUCUCGUUAGUAUCAAUGACCAACCCGAAUAUUUCGAAUACGAUGAUUACGGUGAUCCCUAUAUAGACUCGCACACUAGUCGUAAUUAUGCAACAACAAAUGCAAGUAGUAAUAGUUUUGUUAGUAGUGGUGGUAGUGUUAGGCAAAAAGGGAAAGAAGUUUCAUACGGCGCGGAACAACAGACGAAAUCUAGUAGUGGGAGUGGUAGUGGUGGUGAUGCUUCUUCUACUGCUGCUGCUGGUAAUAUCGUCGUCGGUGGUAAUAUUUCUAAUAAUGCUUCUUCUUCCUCUUUUGCAAAUUCCCAUCAUGGUGUCGCUAACUCCACAUCACCUAAACGUGCCUCAUUGAAACAUACAAAUACAACUAACGACGCUAACCUAAACGUAAACGUUGACGGAACAACAACAACAACUACAACUCCCAUACAAACAACAACUACAUCCACAAACAUCACAACCACAUCAUCGUCGAAUACAACAACAACAACAACUGCAAUGGCAACAACAAAUUCAACCUUAACAACCUCAACAACAAAUCCUGCUGCCGCAACAACAACAACAAUGAAUACUGGUGAUACAACAACAACCUCUGGCGAUGUCGCUGACACGGAUGAUGCCGAUGCGCCACUUGACGUCAUCGAUUGGGAUGCCAUCGACGCUAUGCUGGACGAUGACUUCAGUGAAUAUGACAAAGACAAAAACGGUGGUGGUGAGGAGAAGAAGGACGAUGCCAACUUUAGUCAGAGUGUUGAUGAGAAAGUUGAUGGCAGCUUAUCUGAUACAGCAACAGAUCGCAAAAAGGGCGGCGUAGAGCAAGAGCGCUCCCCCAAAGGCGGCAGCGGUAUGGGUAAAAAAUCCAACUCCACCUCGCAAUUAUCGGCUACAGGUCGUAAAAGACGUAUGGGCUUUGGAAAGAAGGGUAAGAACUCAUUUACGGUGCACCGCAGUGAAGAAGUUCUGCCAGGUGAGAUACGUGGGGCACUGUCGCGCGGUUCGUCGUCUGAAGCCGAUGGCGGUGAGGCAUUAGCUGAUGGCGGAGCCGGCACUGGUGGGGACAGAUUUUCACCAUCGCUGCGUGGCAACGAUGGUCAGCUGUCGGAGUUCAUAGACGGUUUGGGGCCCGGUCAACUAGUUGGGCGGCAAGUGUUGGGCGCACCAUCGCUGGGUGAUAUACAGUUAUCAAUGUGCCAUCAAAAGGGUUUCUUAGAAGUAGAAGUUAUACGCGCUAGAGGCUUACAGCAAAAGCCGACGUCGAAAAUGCUUCCCGCUCCUUAUGUUAAAGUAUACUUGGUUUCUGGUAAACGUUGCAUUGACAAGAUGAAAACUUCGACGGCAAGGCGCACAUUGGAUCCGCUCUAUCAGCAACAAUUGGUAUUCAAGCAGCCAUACCAAGGAUGCAUUCUGCAGGUGACCGUUUGGGGUGACUAUGGCCGCAUUGAGAAGAAAGUUUUCAUGGGUGUGGCACAGAUAAUGCUCGACGAUUUAAACUUAUCGAACAUCGUCAUCGGCUGGUACAAACUCUUUGGAACAACAUCACUGGUCAGUUGUCCCACUAAUUUAGGUCUAUCUAGGCGCUCAUCAAUUGCAUCACUUGACUCACUCAAACUGUAGAGCACACAAGCUUUCUACCAAAAUAUACAUCAUAUACUCAAGUAGAAAAAUUGGCUUAUACUACAAAAAAAGAAAUUUAUUAUCCAAAAAUUUCUUCUUUAAACUGUUGGAAAUUUCAAACGAAAACUCUGCAAUAACAAUUAGUUUAGAAAAUUGGAUUUAUAAUUAGAUUUGACAAAUUACAAAACAAUUACACGCAGCUCAAGAACUACUCAUACAAUAGAUUGCAUUUGUAGUUUAGGCACAAUGCAGAGCAAAAUUAAAAUUACAAGAAAAUUAGUAACUGCAAUUGUUGAUACUGCAAACGAUAUACUUGCAUAUUCCACUUGACUUAUUUAAAUAUUUUUACUCUAAACAUUAACUGUACUUAAUUACUUACUUAUAACCUCUUUCAAAUGCUUCGUUAUUGCUUGUGUCCACAUAUUCAGUACUCGUUCUCCACGCUCGAACUAGAAACAGAAAAAACCAAUUAAGCAACAACAUUUAUGGGAUUCGAUAUAUUUUAUAUAUAUAUAUUACAUACAUAUAAAUAUAUAUACGAGAGUAUAGCACACAUGACAUGUAUAUACACUACACAACAAGCACUCCAAUUCUCAAAUAUAAAACAACUUAACUAUAUCGAAUAUAUGCAAAAACAACCACAAUACUAAAAUUAAUAAUGAAAUCCAACUCCACAAAAAAAGUACCAAAAAAUUUAAUCUGCUACAAAAAAUUCAUAAUGUAAAUUGUAAUGGAAAAUAUAAUUGAAAUGUGCAAAAUUACCGUAGAGUCCACACUCGUUAAGUAGACAUUUCACCGAUCGUUUUAGUCGUUUGGCAUUGAAUCGCUCAACGUAGUUUCUAGUAACCCCUGCAUAGAGCUGCUUCCACAGCAGCGGCGCGAACCUAAAUCGCUGACUUAGCUGGGAAACGAAAGGAAAAAAAGAGAGCAUAUACCGAGCAAAUACCGAACGAGACGGCAAAUUACGCGUCGGAUAACGUGAACGUGUACGCACGAGCUGCAGGUGAGCGCUUAAUGGCGCUCGUGACUUUGGCGACAAGAGCAGCUCAACGGCAACUUUUUGAAUUUACACAUAAGUAGGAAGCACACAAAUAACAAAAAACAAAAAGAAAACAAAAUUUGCAUAUAAAUAUAUUUAGAAUAUUUUUAAAUUAUUAUGUUUUUCUAAGCUAAAUAUUACGAUAAAUAUGAUAAUGAUUAUAACGUUGAAGAUAAAUAUAAAGCUAAAAAUAGGACAAUGGAGCGUAUGUAGUUGAAGUUGGGCGUUUAGUUUAAAGAUACGACUUGGUGAUUUAUAUAAUAGUGAUCAUAUUUGUAGUGCUGACAAUGAUGUUGUUUAGGAAGAGAACAGAUAAAAGAUGCAUUUAAUACUACAAACUUGUAAAAUAAUACAUACACACAUACAUAUAUAUAUGUAUAUACAUAAAGAGUAAAGCAAGUGAGUAAAAAAAGGAUUUAUUAUUAAUAAAUAAGUUUAAAGAGCUAAAAAAAAUUAAAAGUGGUGCAGUUUUAACGGCAUUAUUUAUUACGUCUUAUUCUUAUAAUCAUAAGUGAAACAAUAUGUAAAAAUAUUGUUAGAAAAUAUGCUUAUAAAGUCAUGAUAUAUCAAUAUAAAAACAGCUAAAACACAAAAAGAAAAACUCUACUUAAUUGGCUAUUAAUUACAAAAAAAAACUAAAAAUUAUAACAAUAAUAAAAUACUAACGACAGAGAAUUUUACGAUAAAUAUUUAUGAAAAUAAAAUAAAUCGGAGCACACUCAGUUAGAAAAAUAUUCAUACAUUUCUAACAAUAAAUUUGUGCUCUACUAUAUUGAUAUGGAAGAGAAAAAAAAAGUUAAAUUAUAUAUUUGUAAAUACCAAUUGAGCGAUUAUCACUAUAAAAAAAGCUACAUACAAAUACAUACACACGCGUAUACCAAUUAAAUCUACAAAAAGAAAAAAUAUAUAUAAAUUCAAUUUUGUCAUGCAUAUUUACAAUACUAUGUAAAAAUGAAAAUCUAAAAAUCCAAAAUAAUUUUCUACAAAAAAUGCAAACUAUCACUUACGGCAGCAAGAGCAGAAAAAUACGGUUUUAGCAAUAACUGCGUUUCCACCAGAGUGCUGUAAACAAUUUUUAUGCACUUCAAUGAUUUUGUGCUGCAGUACUGUUUAAAGCGUGAGUCUGAUCAUGCUCGUACAUAUGUAUGUAAAGAGAGUGCUUAGUUCCGCAGAACUUUUGUUGCCCCCAUCAUCAUCAUCCAUAUUUGUUUUAAUUAAAUUUAUCUUUACAGAAGUCAGUUCCAAGAAAAUACCUACAAAAUGUGUAAUCUCAGUAAAUCAGUAAAUCGGAAAUAGAAAUCUAAAAGAUACGCAAAUCUUUGAACUUUAAUUUUUCAACUAAAAUUGUGGUAUCUUCAUAAGUAUGAGCAAAAUAAAUUUAUCGCAAAAACAAUAUUAUUAUUGAAAAUUAUUACUGUUUAAAACUGAAUCAAUAUUAAAAAUCUCACCAAGUGAGCUUAUAACAAGUUUCACAAAUAUUUAAAACUAACUUUCGAAUAAAAUGUCUUAUCCACUAUUAGAUACAAGAUUUUAAAAUGAAAAUGUUUAUGGAAUUAAGAACUUAAUUCGUCUGAAACAACAAUUUAGUCAAAUAAUCGAUAUUUUUUAGUUAUAUAAACGAGGGUUGCCUUUUAUAUUUUGGGAUUAGAGUAAAAAAAAAGUAUUAAUCAACGAAAAUCACUUUAUUGGUUUUCCAAAUAUUCUCCAUAAAUAUACAUACACUUUUGCAUGCGUUUGAAACAAUUCUCUAAGCACUUUUGCCACUCUAACUGGGGUAUCUCUAAAACAUGCGAACGCAUCAACCGCCUCUUCAGGUUAACGGACCGAAGAAAAAGAAAUCAUUCGGUGCGAAGUCAGGACUAUACGGUGGAAAACACAUCAAAUCGAUGCUUUAAGUGCUCAAAAAUGCAGUUUCAGUCGAUAUGCAAACGCUCGCAUUGUCGUGGUGAAGAGUGAUCCAUCUUCGACGAUUAGUUUUCCGCAUUUCUUUAAAGACAACUAGCAAACAAAUGGUUGUGUACCACUCAGAAUUUAUUGUUCUGCGUUGUUCUAGUAGUACGGUUGUGACAUGUCCAGUUUUGCCAAAAAAGAAAAACAGACAACCAUUAGCUUGGAAGUGCUUCGUGUGCGAACCACUUUUAUGGCUUCGACUCAUCUUGAAAUACGAUUGACAGAUUGUAUGGAAUCCAAGUUAAACAAAUUUUUUACAGUCAAUGUUCAUCCAAUAUUGAUUGUAGGCUGGUCCCACUUAUGCCUAUAGUUGUCUCAAUCUCAGUUUGCGCACAGCAUUAACAGUUUCCGGAACCGCAAUUGAUUUUGGACGAUCUUCACGAAAUUCAUCUUGGAGUGAACUACGAUUUAAUCCAUCAUACCAUAGAUAAACACAUAGUUAAUCCACACAAAAAGUUGUACAAAAUAACAGUGCAAAAAUGUUUACGAUUUAAUUCCAUUUUUUGACCAAGAUGCAUAUUUAAAGUUACUGUAAACGACAAAUAGCGCUAGUAUGUCAAAACAUUUUGAGUAUGUAUAACAUCAAAAAUUGUAAACAUUACGAUAAAGUUGUGAGUUGCCAGAUUGCAACACUGGAAUUGCCAAAUCCCGAAAUACAAAAGGCAAGCUACGUAUUAGCGCUUUGUAUAAGUAAAUUAAAAUACAUGAGAUGUCUUCAUACAUAUUUUCACAUAUGUAACGGUAAAUUUUUACGGGUUACUUAUUUUCUUUUACUUUACCAAUUUUUACGUGAGAUUCAGCUCCAAUGACUGAUUAAAAAAAUAUUAGGUGAACAACAACUUUUUACUUAAAAAUUCUGAUGAAAACAAGAAUUGUCAGGGGAUUUGGUUAUAAAUUAUUAACAUAAAGCUAUACAAUUGAAAUUCGCAAACAAUUUUUUUCCUAAUUUAUUACACAAAAAGGAAAAAGUUUGUCUCAUCAUAGCAUCGACUCUAAGUAUGUACAUAUGUAUAUAAUUGUUCUGCGGAUGUGUCGAAUUGUCUACAGAGUCGAUGACAUAUCUUAAUUUUUGAAUAAACACCUUCCGUACUCAUAUAUUUACAGCUUAUGCUUUCUCAUACAAAUACACACACAUAUACAUGCAUAUAACUACACAAAUAAUAUAUAUCAAUGUAUAUACUAAAUGCUUAUAAAAAAUGUUAGCAAAAUUUUGUAAUCACACAAAAAUUAAAUAGCUUUUUUUAAUAAUACUUAUAAAAAAGAGUAUUGAACAGAAAAUAAAACAAUAAAAAUACAUUUAAUAAAAAUCAAAGUACCUUCUUAUAGAAUGAGCUGUAAAAACGAUACCUGCUUGCAACUAAAAAUCGAAAAGAAAACAAAAAAAAUUCAUCGCACAUAUACAUACUACAUACAUGCAUAUUUAAUAUUUUAAUUUGAUUAUAAAAACAAAAAUGUUUUUUGAAAGCUUAAGCUCGAUUGUAACGUAAGGAAAAAUGUAGGCACACGCUAACAUACGAGUAAAUAUAUAUGUAUAUACAGACAACCGAUCAAGGUAUAUAUAUAUGUAUAUUGCUUAUAUUGAAUUUUAUUUUUAAUUAUUUCAGCUUUCAAUUUAUAAACAUUUAGAAACAAUUUUAUAAACACAUCUACAUACAAAUAGCAUUAUCUAAUUUAAAUGUAUGCACUCAAAAGAACUCACUUAAAAGCAUGCUUAGAAUAUUUGAAAAUAGCGAGAUGGCUUAGAAAACUUAUUCGACUUUUAGUAAAGCAUUCGAAAUUUAUUGAAAAACUAAGCUGCUUAUUCACGUUCAUUUCAUAAUAUUAUUUUAGAUCGAGCAUACUUCCAGUUCUCUGGUUUGGCAUGCGCAGAAAACACAUAAAAUUUCCGACUUUCUCACAAAUAUAUUUUUGCACUUUUCUAAAACAGUUGAAAUUGGAUUUAUAAGCCGUUGUUUUUUAAUGAAAGUCAUGUUUGUGGUGCUAUGACAAUUAAGAAAAGAGAGAUAAUAUUCUGCCCAUUAAUUCGCAAGUCGUCGUUUAAUUUUAUCAUAAAUAUUAGUUUUUUAGGAUGAAAUAGAGUUGAAACCUUUUUCAAAAUUUUUAUUAGACUUCAAAAUCGCUUCGCUUAAGUUGACUUUAGCUAUGUUAAUUAGGCAUCACACGCGCCAUUCCUAAUAGCAAAACUGGUCAAGCAUGUGCAAAACUCAAUUUGUUUAGCAUUAAAGAAAGCGAAUGUACGACAUUAAUGAGAUAUACGCAAACUUUCUUGUAGCGAAGUCAACUCACUAACUUUGUUAUUGCUUUAAUAUGUUAACUGUUUUACAAGAGUGCAGCGCACAAAGAUAGCGAGCAGAGAUAUAACGAAUCGAAUACGCCAACAAUAUAGAGCAUGAGCUAAAUCAAUUCGCAGAACAAUGUUACAAGUCUUAUUCUUAUUUCAAGAGAAUAGAAAACCUUUCUUACUUAGCCGUCUUCUCUACAGGCAAUGGCAAUAAUCGCCGAGAUUAUUCCUAUCAAUAUAUACUAACAACCGUUUGAAGUCGCUUGUACAAUAGCUCUCUCAAUUAGUCGAAUAAAAUUAAGACACAUACUUCAUAUGGAAGAAACCAAAACCUUAUGUUAAUAAGUAGCGUAGAACCAUCCUUCAGUAAAUGCAUAAUUAACUAGCUUAGUUGAUCAAUUCAACGAAAAAGCUGUCAGAAUCGCUCACCAGACUUACAUCACUGUUUGACUUACAAAACUUUCGUUUGUCAACACAAAAACAUAUUUGAAUAUUCUUUCCCACCAAAAAUGCGCAGCUUUUAAAAAGCUAAAAGCAAUAUUUAUUUCUAAAUCAAAAUCGACCAACUUUAAUUGGUAUAAACCAUUUUCAACAAAAAGUUUUUCUGUCAUAAAAAAAACGAACGCACAAAUGGCAAGUGAAAUGAGUUUUGGAAAUUUUGUAAAUCUAACGUGUAGAAGGUUAAUAGUAUAGUAAACUUAAAUAUGGACAUAAGUGAACAGAUACACAAAAAUUUUCACAACUGCAUUAUCAUUUACACACACACACGCAUGUACACUUUGCUUUUCAAAAUUUCUCCGUCCAUUGAUUGCAUACUCAAAGGAGAAAUUGUAAAGUCGACAAAAUUUUUCAUUAGCACAAAACAUAAGCCAUCCAUUGAAAGCAUCCUACUUACAGACAGUGCGUGCAAUAGGUAUGUAUACAUAAACUGCAUACAGAUAUCUUGGUAUAUAUAAUACAUAUGUAUGAAAAUUCACAAAAUAUAUAUUAUAUAUACAUACAUACAAGAGAGUGAAACAUAAAAACUACACAAACAUACAUAUAUAUAUUUAUACUGCAUAAGCAAUUUGAAAUAUUUACCGUUGUUAUGCAUACAAAUACAUACAUAACAUGCUACCAAUAUUUAUGGCCAAUGCGAAUAAAAUUAAAUAAAUAUAGAUAUAGCGCGCUUUAAUUUACAUACAUACAAACAUAGUGACAUCUUCUACAGCAUUAAGUAAUUUUACAUAAAAAGUAUUAAAAUUUAAAAAAUCAAUAAAUAAAAUAUUUACCUACAUAGCAAUGUUUCAAAAAUUUAUACAGCCGUUAACUUUUUCCAAGUUUUUCAUACUCACAUACCUACUUGCACAUACAUAUGUAUGUAUAUAUGCGUGGCAGGUAUUUUUUCUAGCAUAAUUUCGAUACAAAAACUAAUUUAAAAGUUAUUUCAGAAGAUAGCUAACGGGAAGUGAGCCCAAACUGCUUUAAAAAUGGUUUACCGCCUUUUUUCAAGCUCACAUACACACAACAUACAUACCCAUUUGAGUUUUUGUAGAAUUUUAAGUGCAAAAAUUUAUAAAAUUUUGUUUUAAUUAGCAAACGGUCUAUAAAAAAUGCAACUUUUACAGCAUUUUUCGCGUGAAAAUAUUAAUCACAACUAUUUUUCAUCAAAAUCAAGAACACUAUUUAAAUAAUUAAAUGCAAAACUAAUUCAAGCCAACAUACAAAUAGGCAUAUACUAAGAAGCCAUAUAUAACGCAGAUACAUAAGAACAUUUUUUCAUUAUUUACAUUAAUGCAGGUUGUCAAAAGCAAAAGAAAAACAAAAAAAAGACACAGAGAACAUUUCAAUCCCCUUUACCACAUUUCUUUUCAUAACAAAAAGAUAAUUAAAUAAAAAACACAGCAUUUUUUCCAAAAAAAUACAUAAAAAUAAUGCAUUAUUGAAAAUAAAAACAAAACCGUUACUGAUUACUUACAACUUUAAAAACAAACACAUACACACACUAAGAGAAUGGUACUAAUAUAAUAAAAUCAAGACAAAGCAAAAACCAGAUAUUUAAAUGCAUAAUAUUAAUUAUAACUACACUAUUAUUAUUAACUAUAUCUAUCCUUUUCUCUCUCGACGCUAGAACGAAUGUCGAGAAACGACAAUAAACUGUGAAAAUGUAUUAAAACCAAAAAAAACUUUAAAAACCGUAACACAACAAACUGAAAACUUAUAAAAAUUCUGAUACAAAGCUAAACUUAAAAAAGCAAAACCACAAAAAAAUUAAAGCAAAAGCAAAAAACAAAAAUCUAUGUAUACAAAUAUAUAUAUAUAUAUAUAUAUAUUAAAACAGCUGAUACAGACGAAUAUUAUGAUAAUGAAUAUGAUAACGAUACAGUUGACGAUGAAAUUUUCUUGCAACAAAUGCGAAAAAGUGAAAAACCAAAUAUUAUUAAAUAUAUAAAUGCAUAAAAGAGAAACUUAACAAUAAAAAA